AAAUCAAGAAAAGCGUGAGGCGAGUGGAGCGAGGCAAACGGGUAUCGACUCCAAGCGCGCAUCAACUAGCAGUUGCGCUGCGCCGCCGCUGCAGCGCGCCCACACGAGCGGCUGCUGCUGCGCCGACUCGUACGAGUCGGGAUCAAAGGCCACGACCGGGAAAGAGUUCCGAAAAGGACGUAAACUAAAAGCGGCCGCCUUCGCUCCUACGAGCGGGAUACGCCCGCGGAAGCACACGGCGUACGUCAGGGCUUGGCAAGGUGCCCGGCUAGAACAGCGGCACAUUGCCGCACAAAGCAAAACAAAGCAAGCGCACAAGCAGCGACCUUAGGGGACAGGAAGAAGCACCAGCGCGCGACGACUACCCAGUGCUGGGCAAAUGCUGGUUGUCUCGGCACAACAGAGCAGUCGUUUGCUAGUGGAGCGCGACAACACUCGCGUCCACUCUUCCCAACGAUAACGAUAAAGCGAAAAGCAGCGCGCACGAGGGCGCACGAUUUCGGACAUGGCAGACGCUAGCUAUAUCGGGCUGCACGCCGCCGCACGGAGCCGGCCGACGUCCCCUCGAGAUGCCGGAAUGCGCGCAGCCCGCGGCCUAGGUCAGGCACGUGGAUAGCGGGAAGGGAGAGUCCACGUUGGCGAGCGCUUGGCAGGCGCCGCCCGACGAUGCGCCGGUUGGUACGCGGGUGACGUCGUCUCAGCUGAAGCGAUGACGUGAGCGGCAGUCAGCGUGCGUGCCGCCUUUCCUCGUUGUGCUCGCGACCGGGUGAGCGCAUGCGCAGAGCGCGCCCCUCGAGCUUUGCGAGCGGGCACCAUUUUGCUGCGCCGGUUUGUUUUGCUGCUCGAGGCGUCCGCCGCCGCUUGACCGCUGUUUAACAGAGGCUGUGUUUGGGGGCGACCACUGGUCGUCUGCCGUGCCCCCGAGAAACGUGGACAAGCCCAUGGUCAAGAUGUCGGCGCUCAUGUCUCGGGGUCACCGCCAGCACUGCUACCUGUGCGACCUGCCUCGCAUGCCGUGGGCCAUGCUGCACGAUUUCUCCGAGCCCGUGUGCCGCGGCUGCGUCAACUACGAAGGCGCUGACCGGAUCGAGGUCGUACUGGAGACUGCGCGCCAGAUGAAGCGGGCACACGGAUUUCCCGAGGCCGUAGCGCGGCCCCUCUACAAAGGACUGAACGGAGCGCCGCCCGAAGUGGUGCCGCCGCCGCAGCAACACCGCGCUGCAGCGCCGGGCGCUCCGGCGCCCAUGGCACCCGUGAUGGACCGCUUCGAGCGACGCAACGCCAUGCUCGAAUACAGCCAACGGAUGCGCGCCGACCCCCGGGCUGCCCAGGCUUCAGGCGUGCCGUGUAAGCGCGAACGGGACGACGACGAGCCUCUUGAACCGUCCAAGCGCGCCGCCGCGCUCCAAGCGCUCGACGAAGCGGUGCCGCCGCGUCCCCCGCUCACGCGCGGCGAGUCGCUGCCCACCGCCGUCAUGGGGGUGCCCUUCGACGUGCGCUACAAGAAAGAAAUGGUCGGACGAGUGUACUCCUUCGACACGGCUACGUCGCUCAAGAAUGCGCCAGGUUACCCGAGCGUGUGCAGCACCCCGAGCUCGACGGCGAGCUCGCUGUCCCCGCUGAGCAGCCGCGCGGCCCAGUCGCCGGACAGCGGCGCCCAGCAGAACGGCGCGCCGGGCGGCCCCAUGGCCGCGCUGCUGACCGUCGCCGAGGCGGUGCCCCCGACGUCGCCGCGAAACGGCGUGGCGCCCGCGGACUCUGCGACGAGCAGCUCGACGUCGGUGCGCCCGCCGCGACAGUCGCCGCCCGCCGCCGCGCCCCCGUCGACGGCGCACAAGAAGUCGUCGCGGCACGCCGCGACGGCGGCGGGAGACGCCGACUGCGGCGCCAUCUCAGCGCCCACGUCAUCGUCCUCCUCGUCUUCGGCGGCGGCGGCGUCCUCGUCCGAGUCCGCGGCGGCGGCGGCCGCCGCCGCCGCCGCGACGCUCAAGUGCACGCUGUGCCAGGAGCGGCUGGAGGACACGCAUUUCGUGCAGUGCCCGUCGGUGGGCCAGCACAAGUUCUGCUUUCCGUGCUCCCGGGACAGCAUCAAGAGCCAGGGGGCGGCCUCCGGCAGCGAGGUGUACUGCCCGAGCGGCGAGAAGUGUCCGCUGGUCGGCUCGUCGGUGCCCUGGGCCUUCAUGCAGGGAGAGAUCGCCACCAUCUUGGGCGACGAGUACAAGCUGACCGGCAAGGGCGCCGCGGCCGCAGCAGCGGCGGCGGCGGCCGACACCUAGGCCUACUCCUUGCGGGACGACGCAGUCCCGUUGUUGCUGUUUUGUUUCCACCGACCGUUGGUAAUGGCCGCCGCCCUGCCCGGACGGCGGUUGGCAGCCGUUGUCGUCUGCUCGCCGGCCCCGGGCCUGUGCGAGGGAUGAACUGCGCCGCACCCACCCCCGAGCGCGCUGCUGCUUCUUGGGCCCGCGUCGACGGCCCGCCUGUGUCGACCUCGUGCUCCCUCAUUGCACCGCGGGACCGCAAUAGCGCGUGUGUGCUGCUCCUCCCCAUGCCUGCCUUGUAAAUAAUAAAAGCCGAAGAUAUGUACAGCCGAA